AUGCCGGGCAAGGUGCUGCGGGACCAUGAGGCGCAGAGGAGCUGGGUUAAAUUUGGAACCUGUAACACUCCGAAGCCAAGUUUCUUCGAUUUUGAGGGAAAGCAGAAAUGGGAAGCUUGGAAAGCUCUGGGAGACUUCAGUCCUCAUCAGGCUAUGCAGGAGUACAUUGCCACAGUGAAAAAACUGGACCCUAGCUGGAAGCCUCAGGCAACAGAGAAGAGAGGAAAGGACUGCAAAACUGCCUUUGGAGGCCCCGUCGUCAGCUCCUUGUAUCAAGAAGAAACAAUCAGGGAGGAGGAUAAGAACAUUUUUGAUUACUGCAGAGAAAACAACAUUGACCACGUGACCAAAGCCAUUCGAUCAAAAAAUGUGGAUGUGAACAUCGCCGAUGAGGAGGGCCGGGCGCUGCUCCACUGGGCUUGCGACAGAGGACACAAGGAGCUCGUUUCAGUGCUGUUGCAACACUCUGCUGAUGUUAACAGCCAGGACGGGGAAGGCCAGACUGCACUCCAUUAUGCGGGCGCCAACCCCACGCUGCGGGACCAGGACGGCUGCCUGCCCGAGCAGGUGACGGACUGUAAGGCCAUCGUGUCCGCGCUGCAGCAGCACACGGCCGGCAAGGCCUGACGCCACGGCCGGGCAGC